AUGGAAUAUAUUCAUGGAAACUUGGUACCGAACAGAGCAUUAGAUCCUGGAACUGGAACGGGCCGGUUAGCAGGGAUAGGAGGUUGCAAAAGAGGGAUAUGGCUUGGCAUUGCAAACGGUUGCUGGCCACCAGCUACAAAAGCUGGGGGUGCACACAAGCGUGGUCGUCCACGUAAGCAUCCAAGACCAAAUCUUGGUCAUGGAAGUGAUGUUCAUGCUUCAAUGAAUCCAAAUCCAAAUCAUGGGGAGAGCUCUCAUGUUCCGCCUGGAUUUGUAGGGGUCAAUGGAGGUCAGCCCCAUCAAGUAGAUUCAGCUAAUGAUGCAACUGAUGUCAUGGUGGGUCAGGUAGUUCAUGGUGUCAUUGAGGCAGCAUUUGAUGCUGGAUAUUUACUCACUGUUAGGGUUGGCAACUCAGAAACCACUUUGAGGGGUGUUGUUUUUAAGUCUGGACGUUAUGUUCCUGUUUCCACUGACAAUGAUGUUGCCCCAGGCGUCCAAAUGAUCAGAAGAAAUGAGAUUCCCAUCCCAAGAGAUAGAAAUGGAAUUGUUCAUACAGCUCGAGCGGCUAAUCCGAUAACCUCCGAAGGCAAACAGGUGCCUUCAAUGGCAAAUCAAACUCCUGUGAUCUCAAGAGGCAAUGUGGUGCCUGUUUUACUCCAACCUGUUGAUUUAUCAAAUGGGAAUGCCAGUGGACCAUCUUCAGCCGCAACCCAACCUACUGAUGCAGUGGCCUUCAAGGGAAAACGGGUGCUAGAUGCUGCUCAUCCAUCAAAUGGAUCAACACCCACAAACCAAGUGCUGGCAGUUGAAACCCAGUUGCUUCACUUUCAAUCUCAAAAUGACCACCAGUUAAUGUCUUCAAGCAUACAAAAGGAAGCCAGUGUUAAUCAAAAUUUAGCAGCAGCACAGCAAGAUGCUGAAGCCAAAUCAAUGAAAUUGCCUGAGGAUGAUAUCAGUGACACAGAUCAGCCGCUUUCUGUUGAGCCCUUGCAAUCAGUGCAGCCUGCCCUGCAUAAUCACCCUGCAGUCGUGUCAAGACCUUUGGUUAAUUAUAGAACUGCCAAGAUGACUGAGUUAUUGCAGGUUUUGCAGGAAAACAUGACAGAGAACCAGGCAACUCAGGUGCAAGAUGAAACUACAGAUGCCAGACUGAAACUGGAUGAACUGAGAAGCUCAGAAACCUAGCAUUGAGAUGAAGACAGUGAUCAUUCAAAGAAAUGUCCACAAGCAUCAAACGGGGAGGGGCGAUGUUAAGCCUGCUACUUACUACCUAACAUGUUCGAGAAGAAUUUGCGGUAAUUGGACAAUUAUGUAGAAGGCUUGUUAUCUUAGAAUAGGUGAAGGCCAAAGAAAAUCUAUGUUUGAGCCUUUUGAUGCUUUUCAUUCCACAGAUUUAACAAAAAAAAAAAAAAAGCAGCUGCACUGGCUGCUUGUUUAUCAUCUAGUAAUUGUAAGUUAAUGCGACAGUUCGAAGGUUAGCCUGUUAAAUAUUUAGACACGACAACCCCUUUUUUACUGUUCAUGUUAUCCGAGGAUGUGCCUCAGGUUUUGUGAUCCAA